UACGUUUCGUUAUUUACUUACGAUCAUUUUGUUUUUAGUUUUCAUGCGGAGUUUCCGUACAAGUGACGUGAAAUGAUUAUUUUCAGUGGUUUUUGAGACGAGUGUUAUUAAUUUUAUGUGUCUAUCGACUUCUAUGGAAAGGAAGUGUCAGAACGUGCUGAUAAAACGUUUUUUUUACUCAGUGCCUGUUAUAUUUUGGAAAGAAGCUCCCCGUUGGAAGCGACACCAGAAGUGAGUAGUGAGGUUCUGUCUGCGUAAACGCCGGCAUAAACAGCUGCCCGCCCGCAUAGGAUGAGAGAAACUGACCCCGGUGUCAAGAAAACUCACAACUGUGAUGUAACAAGUGACCACCAACUAAACGGACUAGGUUCCAAAACUGUUGACCUCGGCGUCGUGCCUUCGCUCAAGUCACCAGCAAAACUCGACCCGGAAAAGGGAUCGAAUUCAGAAAAGGCUGACUUUGAACGGGCCAUCGAACUAACGGGCUAUGGCCGCUUCCACUACAUGCUGCUCGCCGUUUGCGGCCUCGUCAGCACAUCCGAGGAGAUGGAUGUCAUCUCUAUGUCUUUCAUCCUACCUUCAGCGCAGUGCGACCUAGAGCUCACCACACAAACUAAAGGAUGGCUGAACAGCAUUAUAUUCAUCGGUAUGAUGGUGGGAGCGUACGCCUGGGGCUCCGUUGCGGACUCGCUUGGUCGCAAGCGUGUCCUGAUAGCGAUCAGUAUCGUGAACGCGUUAGCUAUCGUCGCCUCUUCCUUCAGUCAGAACUAUGAACUCUUUAUGCUAUUCCGAUUUAUUAAUGGCGCUGCGUUGGGUGGGUCAGGUCCCGUUAUCUGGUCCUACUUCGCAGAGUUCCAGCCGAAGAAGAGGAGAGGUGCUAUGCUGAGUUUUAUGGCUGCUUUCUGGACUUUGGGCAACUUGUUCGUGGCCGGGCUAGCUUGGGUUAUCAUUCCCAGUGAAAUCGGAGGUGCGUACGGUGGUUUCGUUUACAACUCAUGGCGGAUUUUCUUAUUGGUUAUGUCAAUUCCAUCAUUUCUCGUCGCCGCUCUACUCUUCCUUCUACCCGAAUCACCAAAGUUCCUCAUAACGACCGGACGCCACGACAAAGCAUUGGAAGUCUUCAAAGGCAUAUACAUGAUGAACACUGGAAAGGACAAGGAAUUGUAUCCAGUGAAGCAGAUACUCGUCGACGAUCCCAUACACGUGAGGCCAGAGAAGCAAGUCGAUCUUGAAACCAAAGAACAGAAAUCCAAGCUGAGAAGAAUGUUGAGCGAUAUCGUUGAACACAGCAAGGAACUGUUCGUACCACCGAUAUUAAAAUUCACUGCGAUCUCAAUUACAAUCAACUUCACAUUCCAUAUUGGUUACUACGGUCUCAUGAUGUGGUUCCCCGAGAUGUUCAAUCGUUUCGACGAGUGGUCCCGAACCCACGACAACGCGGAGGCCGACAUCUGUCAGGUCACCGCGUAUGUAACGAGACAAGGCUCGCACUCGGACGAGGCGAUGUGCGAUUCACAUAUACGCGGCGAUGUGUUCAUGGACUCAUUGAUAACUGUGGCUGCGGCGCUACCAUCUAAUAUAUUUGCCGUGCUUGGGAUGGAUAAAUUGGGAAGAAAAUUUUUCUUAGUGUUUGCAACAUUCUCCGCGGGUCUAUGUUCGGGUGCUAUGUACUUCGUGUACAACAAGACCAACAACCUCAUAGUGAGCGCCGUCUUCAGUUCAGUCAUUUCGUGCGGAAACGCCUCGCUUGACUGUCUCAUCACCGAAGUCUUCCCAACUAAUUUACGUGCGACGGGCGUGGCGAUAUCUAUGGUGGCAGCUCGUCUGGGCGGUAUCAUAGGUAACGUCGUGAUAGCGGCGUUGUUAGACUCCUACUGUCCCGCGCCCACCUUCAUAGUGGCAGUGCUCCUGGCCGGGGGCGGUCUCAUGUGUAUCUUCCUACCGAACACAACUAGAACAGCUUUGAAAUAACAUUCAAACAUCAAACAUAUAUGACAGUUUGUCAAUUAUAUAUUUUUAAAUAAUCAUCUGUCAAAAUUACGUUUCGUAUUUACAGUGAUUCAUUUGUUCCAAAGAUUGUUGUUUUUAAAAAACAAGUUUUGUUACUUUAUUAAAAUUGAUAUAUUCAAGCUGCUAGGUAGAUAGGAUGUUAAGAAUUAAGUGAUGAUCAUCAUAAGUUUCAAAUGAUCCCUGAUGUAGAUAGUUAUCAUAAAUUUGUACAAUAAAGUAGUUUAUAAAUGAAUUUUUAUUUAUAUUACAAACUAACACUUCUGCAUAUCAACAUUAAAAAACAUUUUUCAUCAAAUGCGUUUUGUUUAUACAUUUUAUUAAAAGUAUGUUAGGUUAUCAUUAGUUUGUAUACCACACAAAAUGUUUACGAAUUUAUCAUUAAUGUAGUUUAUAUUAGAUAUAACGUAGUAUCUGACGUAAAUAUACUGGAAGUUUCCUUUACCUUUAAAAUACAGUAUUCAAUAUUACUUUAAUAUAAAUUUGUCAACAACAUUAAUAGUGAUUGAGAAGCUUCGUCAACAAAGAUCGCAGGUUCGAUCGCAGUUUAUAUAUUUUGACAGUUCAAAUGUGUUUAUACUCUGUUACCAACUUCAUUUAUCUGUUAUUACAUUUGAACAUACACGGACGUCAAAAAUCGAAACAAAUUUAUAUUAUGUAUUACUUAAGAUACUACUAAGAAAUAAAAGUGAUGAAAUCUUGAAUAAA